CAAAUCAAAUCAAGCUAUCGUGCUGGUGGGUGACAUGCUGUAACGUUAUGUUCUUGAUUUCCUGUUAACGUUAAUUCGCAGGAAUUGUGCAAAGGAAAGUUAGCCUGCUGACGAUAGAAUGUUACGCUAGGCAACAUUGUUGCGACGUAUCUAAUGCAUGGUGUCUCAACUAUGGCAUACUGCUAGUUUAAGCUUAAGGGUAGAACGUUAAUGUUUUCAUGAACACUUGACUGGCUGGUCUUAUCCACUGAGUAGCUGACCAACCAGCAAGCCUGAUCCCUGGUUGUUUCAGUGAAUGACACUGUUGUUGGCUAAUUGUAAUCUUAACCUCCAUGUUCCAAACCAGGAUGGCUGGAGUGUUCGACAUUGACUUGGAGUCUGAAGACGUCAGUAAUGAUGAGGAUGAAGUUUUUGACUUCACCGUAACCGAAACUGAACCGGUUCAAAUAGAGGAGGUUGAACUGACUAGUGCCAGUGUGAACAGAAAUAGCGAGAGGGUUGGCCCGGACUGUUUCGAGCUACUCACUGUACUUGGAAAAGGAGGUUAUGGCAAGGUCUUCCAAGUGAGGAAGGUUCAGGGUCCACAGACGGGCAAAAUAUUUGCCAUGAAGGUCUUAAAGAAGGCCAAGAUUGUAUGUAAUGCAAAAGAUACAGCACACACUCGUGCAGAGCGUGAGAUUCUGGAGACAGUGGGGCACCCGUUUAUAGUGGAACUGUGGUAUGCGUUUCAGACAGGAGGGAAGCUUUACCUCAUUCUGGAAUGUCUCAGUGGAGGGGAGCUAUUCAUGCAGUUGGAAAAAGAGGGGAUCUUCAUGGAAGACACAGCCUGCUUUUAUCUGGGAGAAAUAACUCUGGCUCUUGGCCACCUCCACUCUAAUGGCAUCAUAUACAGAGACCUGAAACCAGAAAACAUUAUGCUGAACCACCAAGGACACAUCAAGCUGACUGACUUUGGCCUGUGCAAGGAGUCUAUUCAUGACGGGGCAGUCACACACACCUUCUGUGGGACCAUAGAGUAUAUGGCGCCAGAGAUCCUUACACGCUCAGGACACAACAGAUCAGUGGACUGGUGGAGUCUUGGGGCCCUGAUGUAUGACAUGAUGACUGGCUCGCCUCCUUUCACUGCAGAGAACAGGAAGAAGACAAUUGACCGGAUUCUCAAGUGCAAGCUCAAUCUACCACCCUACCUCACAGCUGAUGCCCGUGACAUGAUCAAAAAGCUGCUGAGGAAGAGUCCAUCUCAGAGGCUAGGCUCAAGUGGGGCCGACUGUGAAGAUAUUAAGAAACAUCCUUUCUUCCGGCACGUCAACUGGGACGACCUUUUGAACAAGUGCAUAGAGCCACCCUACAAGCCAACCCUGCAAUCAGACGAAGAUGUCAGUCAGUUUGACACGCGCUUCACCCGGCAGACUCCUGUGGACAGCCCCGACGACACCACUCUGAGUGGGAGUGCAGAUCAUGCCUUUGCUGGUUUUACCUAUGUGGCCCCGUCUGUGCUGGAGAGUUUGAAAGAGGGCUUCUCUUUUGAGCCCCGACCUCGCCCUGUACGCCGCCACACCAGCAGCCCUCACACGCCUAUUAGCCCUCUGAAGUUCUCUCUCACCGAGCCCUUCAAGACUAGUAUGGACGUAGAGUCAGACUCUUCCAUUCAGAGCCCACCUCCACCUCCACCUCCAUCCAAAGACAACUGUGCCACUCAGCCAAUCAGGACACCUGGUCGCAACAAGAAUAAGGGCCACAGGAGUGGCCGAUGAAACAGCAACUUCACCAGAGAAUCAUCUCAGGGGCCGUGUUUCCUCUUUUGUGCGAGUUUCACUUUGCAAUCCACUUCCUUUCCCCCUCGAUGGUCAAGACCAAUUCCUUACUGCCAAAGCAUUUUGACACUGACACGAAGGGACUACCAUUUCAUGAAUGUAUAAGGUAGUACUGAUUCAUGCCUGUGUCUCAUCAUGGUUCUGCGCUCAGUAUUCAUUACUUUAAAAUACAGAAAACCGAGCUGUCUGAAUGUACUGUCACUACACAGACGAAUACAUUUGAAAUUAUGGUUGUUAUUUUUGGACAUUUUCAUUCUGGAAAAGUACUUUUCUCUAUGCUGCUUUUACCACUGUGAUGCAGUCAGACCUGUAAAUGAGUCAAGCAUUUCAUUUGGUUGCUGUAGUAACCAAAUGGACAUUCUAUCAUGUCACUGUGAGAUUUUGGAAUGAGAAAAAGGUGGUGUGGAAUGCAGUAUAAAAUGCUGUUGUACAUGGAAUAGUUAAAGACGUUGUGUGCUUGUAUUAUUUAAUUUAAAGGUAUUAUUGUGAAUUGAUUAACUGAACUACAUGGGAUCUUUGGGGUGGAGAGUGUUUUAAGAAAUUUUACGCUCACGUUUUCGGUCUCAAAUCAAUUAUUUUCUUGUAUCACUAAUUCACCUGAAAAAGGCUUUGGGGUGUUGCAUAUGUUAAUAUGAUAAAAUAAAUGAAAAUUCAUAAGCUGAUCACA